AUGUCCAACGUCACUGCACUCAGCCUGCGACUUCUCCACUGCUACUCAAAGCACGGUACAUCUGGACAUGGUCCUGGUGUCAUGCGCCCGUUUAGUCUCAGUGUGCAGAGGGAGGGUUUCAAGUACGUGAACACUCUGGAGCUGCCAACAGACCUGAGGUCCAUCACCGACCGGGCUGCAACAACCCUCUUGUGGACUGAACUUUUCAGAGGUUUGGGGAUGACCAUGAGUUACUUGUUCCGUGAACCGGCCACCAUCAACUACCCAUUUGAGAAGGGACCUCUGUCACCCCGCUUCCGUGGAGAGCACGCCCUCCGCCGCUACCCUAACGGAGAGGAGCGCUGCAUUGCCUGUAAACUGUGCGAGGCCGUCUGCCCUGCUCAGGCCAUCACCAUUGAAGCUGAGACUCGAGCUGACGGCAGCAGGAGGACUACGCGCUACGACAUUGAUAUGACCAAGUGUAUUUACUGCGGCUUCUGCCAGGAGGCCUGCCCUGUUGAUGCCAUUGUGGAGGGUCCAAACUUUGAAUUUUCCACAGAGACCCACGAGGAGCUGCUGUACAACAAGGAGAAGCUGCUGAACAAUGGAGACAGAUGGGAGGCGGAGAUAGCAGCCAACAUACAAGCAGACUACCUGUACAGAUAG